ACAUAAUUAACAUAAAGAGAUUUUUAAAGAGUGUCAUAGGCCCUACUCUAAAAUCUAGAUCUACUUCUAUUCUCAAUAAAGGGUUUCAGUACAGUUAUAACUCAAUCUCAAUAUUUUUAAUGAACUUGGCAUAUGCACAUUUUUGAAGAAACUGUUCCUGAAGGAUAUAAACAAGCAACGAAGCGGUGUAUGUUCUAAACCAACAUGCAGGAAUAAAUGUGGUCAAGAAACAAAGAUCAGUCAGAGUUUUGUGUUGUUAGCUGUCUAACUAAAAUGGUUGCUCAUGUUUCUGCAAUGCUAUUUCCUAUCAUUAUCAUUUACAGUGCAACUCCAGGCUCAAGUUUGUUUUCAUGGCAUCCAACAUUAAUGUCUAUAGGGUGUACUUUGCUAAUGGUAGAAGGGAUUGUCAUCUUCUCUAAAAGCUCAUCCCUUUUCCCACAAAAGAAUCGCUCAUGGAAGGCAUCAUUCCACUAUUUGUUAAUGGCAAGUGGAGUCAGUUGUGUUGUUGCUGGCUUAGUUGUAAUUUAUAUUAACAAAGAACAGUCAGGCAAAUCUCAUUUCAAGACUUGGCAUGGCUUACUUGGAAUAAUAACUGUUGGCUAUACUUGUGCUCAAUCGGCAGGCGGGGCUUUGGCAAAAUAUUAUAAAUACGUCGGUGACAUUAUUAAAAUAAAACUUACAGAUUUAAAGCUGUAUCAUGCCACUUCAGGCCUUUUGGCUUACCUCUUAGUGACGACUACAAUGAUUCUAGCACUACAGACAAACUGGGCAGCCAGCAAUAUUCAUUGGCUCCUUUGGUACGCAAGUCUAGCAUGUGUUUGUUCAUCUGCUCUGGUGGUCAUGACACACAUCACAACAACUUACAUGCCUAAAUCACAGCAAACAAAGUCUUAAUGUAAGAAAUUCAGCAAAUUAUUUUAAUCAGAUUAGAGUAUUGGUAUCUCUAGGCCACUCAUGUUUACUGCAUUAAUAAAAAUUUAUUGUUUU